AUUUCGAAUAUUAUAAGCAUGGCUUUUUUAAAACAAAUCAAAUUAUUUCUCCAUUCUACGAACUACCUACGAUUUGAGCCAACAAUAAAGUAUAAUAAAUUAUUUUCGUCUGGAGCUUUUCUUGCAUCUAAUGAAAAUAUUAUUUAUUCAAAUGUUAAAACAUUCAAGCACCAGCAUAUUACUUUAAUAUCAUUGAAUAGACCAGAUGAUAAAAACACAUUAAAUGUGGCGACUCUUGAUGAUUUAAGAAAAGCUAUUUCAAAUUUUGAGAAUGACCCUUCAUCAACGAUUGCUGUUCUAUAUGGAGAAGGGGGAUCAUUCUGUGCAGGAUACGACCCUGGUGAAUUGUCCAAGGCAUCACAAGUAUAUGAUGACUUUUUUAAAUCACAUUGUCAAAAACCAAUCAUAGCUGCUGUUUCUGGAUUUACAUACAAUGUUGGUUUUGACUUGUGUUUGUGGUGUGAUUUGCGCAUUGUAGAAGAGAAUGCUGUCAUGGCAAUUGAUAGAAAAUUAAAUAUUUCAAACUCAAAAAUAUUUCUUAAGAGGCUUUUAAAAACUGUAGGUUAUUCUAGAACUAUGGAUCUAUUAUUGACUGGCAGAGAUAUAAAAUCUAAAGAAGCAUUUGAAUGUGGUCUUGCAAACCGUGUAGUUGCAUGUGGAUCAAGUGUUGGUCAAGCAGUAAAUAUGGCAUUUAAUGUUGGUAAAUUUCCACAAGAGUCAAUGAACUACGACAGAAGCGUAAUACAUGAACUAACAUCAGAAUAAUAUUGUAAUACACAAUGUUAGAUAAUGGUUAAUGUUCCAGUAUACAAUCAGUACUAUACCUACUGUCCUGGGCCCUGGGGGUGAUAACGAUGUACCUUCGUCAGACCUCCAUGCUAAGGUCUAAUAUGGGGUAUAUAUGAAUCCCACAUAAUUUUUCUUUUAUAUAUUAAAAAAAAAGAAUACCUAAUUAUAAUAUAUUUUGUUGUUAUUUAGUA